ACGAUCGACGAGUGUGUUCCGGUCGUCGGUGGAUCGGAGAAACCCGUGGCGCAGGCGCGAGUCGAGCAUCGGUGACGAAACUGCGAUGGAUCGCGUUCGAUUCUCGACGCGUUUCGACGCGUCGCGUCGCACGAAGCCGACUCUGGAACCCGUCCGGUCGCAUUCCUGCCGAUCGCCCACGCGGCUACGAUGCCUUCGCGGCGUAUCGAACCGUUACCGCCUUUCUCCGAUUCCACGCGUUUUCUUCCGUUCUCGCGCAAACGGAUAAACCCGCGUGUUCGCGUUCUCGGUUAGCGGCAAACUUUCGACGUUUCUUUCGUUCGUCGUAGCUCGGUGCCGAUCGCUUUCCAAAUUCUUCUCUUUUCCCUACGCUCUCUCUCUCUCCGACGUUGUCCAGGCGGCGCGCCACGAUUCUCCUCCGAAUAGGCCGGCAGGUCGCGUGGCGAGGAGGAUCGACGCGCGUUCGCCUGGGCAAAAUCGAUCGGUAACUACGGUGACGCGUUGGAAUUUCCUCGGUAAACUCGCGGAUCGAAGAGGCUCGCUUUAGAAACGCGAUCGAAACGCGACGAGGUCGAAUCGGUCGGCGAGCAAACGAUCGUCGACGAACGUUCGGACGCGCGAUACCUGCGAUGAGUCACGUCUCGUUCGCGUUCCCAUUCUUUCCGAAGCUGCCUAACCGUUCGACUCGGACGCAGCACCGCUACUGGUGACCGUUUCGCAAACUCUCGACCGGUCUUUUCAGAAUCGGAAUGGUCCCUGCGGAAGGCGUCUCGUCGAAGGAGCUAAGUUGAAACGAGUCGGCUCGAUCGACGGCAACGUUUCGAGAUGAAAGCACCGAUCGGAUUGUUCGCGCUGGGAGUGUUGUCAACGAUGGGACGCGCGAUCGCUGGCUUGAAUCCGGAAGGAGUAUUGUGCGGCGACAUACGCUGUUCCACCGUCCAGUAUUGCAGCCAUUACGAUACGCACUGCAAACCGUGUUCCAACAUCUGCGACGCGACGGCACGCAAUUAUCAGCCUGACGAGUGCACCAAGGAUUGUCAAGAGUACCUGCACAACCAGCGAUACGUUCUUCUCGAGCGGUACGAGGAUUUACGAGGAGAAGUCUCGCGAUUGUGGAUCCUGGUCGCGAUAUCCACCGCGGCAGCCAUUCUCUCGCUGCUCUCCUCGAUGUACCUGCUCGGCAAAAUGUUCCCGCGAUGGGGCAAGAUGCGAGCAACCGUGGCUCGAGCGUUCACCGGCAAGUGGAUCAAGGUGAGUAGCGAAUCGACCGAAAACGAUUCUCCUAUCGCUGAAACCGACGCGUUCUCGCAGAACGAUCGACGCAAUCGCAACGAGCCGAAGCCGCAAGACGACGCGGAAUUGGGCGCGUCCAAGCACAACGGGCUGAAGCUGACGAUGCCGACGAUCAGCGCGAGCGUGGCUCCUUCUCGGGAGCCGGAACGCGGAAAUGGAAACGGAAACGAGAGCGGCAGCGGGAGCAGAAGCAGCGCGGGUCACGCGACGCCGAACACCACCACCACCUCGUUGUCGGGGAGGCACCCGAGCGAGGACACCACGUUGGACUACGCUUACGAUAAUCCAGCGAUGAGUCCGAGUCCGGAAACCGCUCAGCUGAGGACGAAACGCGAGAGUUCCUUCUGACGGAACGCAGCUCGUCCAUUUCCCCACCAGUAUUGUACAUAUACCGAGUAAUUUUAAGUACUUAACGGAUCACGCCUCUCGCGAGAGAUCGCGCGAUCCUUCGCAGAUCCUUAUCAGCCAUUCCGUCCACGAAAUGCCUUUCGAGCGAAGCUACGACGCGUCGUGCUUCGUAUAGGUCAGCGACAGAGAAUUUCCCUACGCUCAACUCGAAUGCUCAAUCGUUUACUCCUCUAUUCGGAAAAAGAAUUCCUUCUCUUCUCUAUGUUAUUCUCCUCUAUUCGCUGACCUUAGAUUAAGUAAAUUCGUACGCGUUUCUACGGGGAUAGGGAGAAAUCUUUGUACCCCGAUCCGAUCGUUGGUUGACCUCUAUAGCAGGUAUUUUUUAAUUUUAACACGUUUUCUGUUGUCGUUGCUACGAUAGUUUGUACAAAUAAAAUAUGCUAUUUCCGAGAACGAUCUAUCGAUCCGCAACUCGUCCGUAUCUAUAUUAGGGUUUC